AUGCUUGGUUGGCGAGCCACCUUACCUCUGCAUGAUACUGUUGGCUUCGUAACGAACGAUGUGAAACAGAUAAAGCCGAGACUGACUUCCCAGCCCUUGCCAGAGGUGCCUUCUUUUUGCAACGUUUCUCGAGGGACUUCAAGCAUGCCACCGUUACCCACCAAGAAACCCUCGUCGCAAUCUCUCAUAUCCUCAACGCUCGCAGCCAUAGCUAACCACUUCAAACCCCACAAAGCAGAGGCUCUCCAACGUAUACGGCUGAACGCCGUCUGUCUCGUAGCUGCUCUUAUCCUGUCUUACUUGCUACCGGUGCCGUCUCUGCCGGCUGCCAUUCGACGUGUGUUACGGUCGAGCCACACGUUUGAGAGGUGGUCUUCGGAGUGGGUGUAUCAGUGGGUGUGUUUGCUAGAAGUGACGGCGGUUACGAUUUUUACGUUCAAUAUCGCGGAGGCGGGCUAUGCGCUGAAGUACCCUCCCCCGCCAAUGCCACCCGUCAACUCUCCAGCGCGGCCGAAGUCGAAUGCAAAGUCUCCAACGACGACGCCCCAACGUCCUUUCAAAGUCCUCUCCCCGAACUCAAGUCCACAAUGUCAGAAACCCUUCUCCUUCGCCCCAUCAUCCCCCUUCGCCUCCGCCUCUUUCUCAAUGUCAUCAGUGACGUACCCCGUGUCUCCCGUCUCCACACCUUCGCGGGUGGUGCAUUACUCGAUACCUCCCGGGUCAAGCUCGACGAAUACACAGGCAUCAUCAACGUCGACCGUUGGGUACCUUGCUACGCCUAGCCCGGUGGUGUCGGCGUAUCGCGGUAAAUAUGCCGCUGGGAACGUUGGUCGUGCUUUGGAUGGCUCGUACCUCGGCUUCAUUGCAUCUACGGACUCAGAUGAAGAAGAAACAUAG